AUGGACAAUGCAAUGUGCUUAGGAUCUGAGGAGUAUACUGAUUUCUACAGUACUUAUGGCAUCAAUAUCUCCUACUCAUCCCCAUACCAUCCACAAGGAAAUGGGCAAACCAAGUCCAUCAACAAGAGUCUAUUAAAGAUCAUCAAAAGGACUCUUGAGAAGAAUAAAAAUGCCCAAGAUUCAAAGUUAAAAGCUGCAAUAUGGGCUAAUAGAAUCACCGUCAAGAAGGCUAUUGGAAAAUCUCCAUUUGAGUUAGUAUAUGGCACACAGGUCAAACUGCCUAUGAAUAACUUCUUUCCAGUGUACAAGUAUAUUCAGGAGAAUGAAUGGGAUAUACCUGAGCCAAUGGAAGAAAGAAUGGAGCAGUUUGUAGAGCUUGAUGAGAUCAUAAAUGAUGCACACAAAAUAAACAUGAAACUACAACAAUGA